AUGGGACAAUCCGCAUUGUACUCGACGCUCCAGUCCGGGCUCCUCGAGUUCGAGUGGGAAGGCACAUCAUUCUUGGUGUACAAACUUGGAUGGCAAUCGAACAUAGGGCAAAGGAAAGCGCUGUACGACUUCGUCUUCGGGUCUAAGUCGAGCGGAAGGACAGAUGAACCCUCGGACGGAGAGAAGCUGGUAACGGAAGUAUAUAGGUGGCAGACGAGCCUGAAGGACGAGAUGUGGGUGUUCCAGGAUGGGUCGUGGCAGAAGGAUAAGGAGAUGUGGAAGUCGAUCCAGGCUUGUUCGUGGGAUGACCUCGUGCUGGAGAGACAGUUCCAGCAGGGCUUGGCCCGCGAUACGGAGACGUUCUUCAGCUCAAAGGACAUCUAUCAGUCGCUGGGAAUCACUUGGAAGCGAGGCCUCCUCCUCCUCGGUCCUCCAGGAAACGGCAAGACCGAGAGCAUCAAGGUCCUGCUGAAGGAGAGUGGCCAAGCUGCCCUCUAUGUCAAAUCUUUCACGACACAAGUAGGCCCCGAACACGGCGUCCGAGCGAUCUUCAACCACGCACGAGCCAAUGCGCCUUGCAUCCUCGUCCUCGAAGACCUCGACUCAAUGGUCGGCCCCGGUGUGCGCUCCUUCUUCCUCAACGAGCUCGACGGCCUGACCAAAAACGAAGGCAUCCUCACCAUUGCCACCACCAACCACCCCGAACGCAUCGACGACGCAAUCCUCAACCGACCCUCCCGCUUCGACGUCAAAUACGACUUUAUUCUCCCCACACCCGAGCUCCGCACCCAAUACUCCAUCAAAUGGCUCCAGAAGAUCGUCGACUUGGGCCCGAAGAAGGAGAGCACCGGUGGUGACGGCCAGGUCCUCGGAGCGGUGCGGUUCGAGAGGAAGCACGAGGAUUUGGCGAAGGAGAUCGCGGAACAGACGGACGGGUGGUCUUUUGCGUUCUUGAAGGAGCUGUUUGUCUCCUUCCUCCUCCGUCUAGCACACGAUCGCUCUCGCAGUGCUUCCGCCCCCACGAGCACCACCGAAACACAAGCUCCAGACGCCAUUCUCAUUAACCAGAUCAGCAAGCUCGACGAGCAGAUCCGUAAAGGCAACGAAGCGAUGGCAGGAGAAGGCCCGGGGUCCGCAGAUGGAGGGGACGGAGUUGUUGGCGGUCGAGUGGCUCGGAGGAUGAUGAGAGGCGGCUUUCAAGUCCCCAUGAUGAUGGGUCACCAGGUGCCACACACCGGUGCCAACUUCUAAGGUGCUGGUUGUCCAUGUCAGGUUACUUUGGGAGGAGGUCGUAUGGGAUGGGUUCGCUGUAUCUGAGGAACUUGAAGCUUUCGAGAGUUUGUACGUUAGUGGGUAUUUAGGAUGAAUAGAUGUGA